AACCAACGCCCGACAAAGUAAACAAAUCCGGGUGGCGGUCACAAAAUUGACGACGCUUGACGACAUCGGAAACUCCGCCAAAGGGCCCCCCGACCGGCAACCCAAAAACCCACACAGCGACCAUGUCGUCCACAGAGAAGAAGAAGACCAGGGUGAAGGACAAGGAGGACAAGGACAAGGACGAUUCCAAGGUGCACAAGCUGUCGCUCAAGGGUAGCGCGAAGCUGGUGGCCGAGUUUUUCCAGUACUCUAUCCAUACCAUCCUCUUCCAGCGAGGUGUCUAUCCUGCUGAAGACUUUACAGCAAUCAAGAAGUAUGGCCUCAACAUGCUUGUCUCGGCGGACGACCAGGUCAAGGCGUACAUCAAGAAGAUAAUGGGCCAGCUGGACAGGUGGAUGGUCAAGGGCAAGAUCUCCAAGCUUGUCAUCGUCAUCACGGACAAGGACACGGGCGAGCACGUCGAGCGGUGGCAGUUUGACGUGCAGAUCUUUGGCGGGAAGUCCAAGAGCAGCAGUAAAUCAAAAACAGCGGCAGCAGCAGCAGCAGCAGUGGCAGGCGCCGGCGGCCAGGAAAACGCCGAGGCCGCAGGAGCAGGAGCAGCAGCAGCAGCAGCCGCAGCUACCGCCCCCGAAAAGACCGAGGCCGAGAUCCAGGCCGAGAUCGCCGCCAUCUUCCGCCAGAUCACGGCAUCGGUCACGUUCCUGCCGCAGCUGGCGGGCGACUGCACCUUCAACGUGCUCGUCUACGCCGACGCCGACUCGGAGGUGCCCGUCGAGUGGGGCGACAGCGACGCCAAGGAGAUCGAGAACGGCGAGCGCGUCCAGCUGCGCGGCUUCAGCACCGCCAGCCACCGCGUCGACACCCUCGUCAGCUACAGGCUGACCGAGUAGGCUUGGUGGUGCAUGUGGUGGGGGAGUAGGCUUAGGGGGUGGGAGUGGAGGGGAGGGGAGGCUGCCUUGUGAGGCUUGACGAAACAGUCUGCCCGGCGAGCUCCUGGAUAUUGCUGCCAGGCGAUUCGAUCCCAUGCCAGCAUGGCGUGUGCGAUUUUUAACGAAGCAAUACUUAUGAGCUGCAUCUGCCGUGUCCAUAAUGUUGUCUUGGACAUGGAUUCUGCAGUUCGAGCGAAA